CAGUCACCACAGACCUUGAGAAGGGAACUUGCUGCUGCAGCCUGGACCAACAAACCAAAGCCAUCCGUUCAACCUUUUCUACUAAACUAGCCGGAUUCAAACCGCCCUAUUAAAAAACAACCCUGAUCCACUCCUGCAGCGGCAAAGUUGAUUUAUUCCCCUCGGCUGGAUCCUAGGCAUGCUUUGACUCAAAGUAUUUCUCCCACGUUCUGCAGGACUUCCAGAGCAGCGAUCCUCUUUACGCACCAGGAGCGAAAGAUCAGCCUGACGUUUCGACGCAUCCCGAGUCCAACCCCCUGCGCACCUCAUCUCCAAAGAGCCUAGCAGCAGUCGAGCCAUUGAAAAGCUGCAGUCAGAGCACACAAGCAGACAACAGCACAUGAAAGACCUGGAGGCGAGGCUAGAGCAAAUACAGGGUCAACUUCAAACCAAGUUAAAAGCUCUGGAUGCUAUUGAGGACAAGAAUGCUUCUCUGCUAGAAGAAAUCUCUACACUGAGAAACAACUUUGGAUAUUUUAAUGGUGCGGUUGGGAACCUUAAAAUUGUUGAAGUUCAUUCGCGUGGCUGUUAUGUGAAGAUACUGAACAGUUCUCCUAAUAAAGAAGAGAGCAUUGGAGAUUAUACACUCCAGCAGAACUUUGGUGGCCAUCCAAUAGCGAUCUUCAAAUUCCCCCCAAAGAUCAGAAUGAAGGCUAAUUCUUCAGUAAUGGUCUGGGCUGCGGAUUCUAAAAGGCCUUCAAACCCUCCAACAGAUUAUCUCUGGAAGGACCUGGACAAGUUUAAACCAGGCCCAGAAUUCACCACUAUCCUUUGCAAUCCUUCUGGGCAGGCUGUCGCUUGGUUUACCCCCAUCAAUUGGAACCAAAAGCAAACAAAGGAAGGAGAAGAGGGUGGCAGAAUCUGCAGAAAUUUAAUACAGCCUAUUAUUGGCAUGCGCCAGCAAAAAGACCGAUGGCAGCCCAGGACGUUUGACAAGUGGCAGGGAAAUGUUGGUCAAAAUCUUACAGGGACAAGUGAACCAGAAUUUAUUCUACGGGAAGAAAAGAUCCCACCCAUCCUGUACCCUGUUCAAAGUUCUUGGUGCCAAUACCCAAGCUCUCCCACACAUCCCCAUUACACUGUGGGAAGAUACAUACCGGCGAGCAUUGAUGGGAGCCACGGGUGCAGCCAAAUUAGAACUGAGCUGGUAAAGCAUGAUCCAGAUACUGGCCUUCUCUGCCCAGGAAGUAGUUAUAGCAUAAAGCCAACAGGAGAUAGUAACAGGAAAAACAGAAUAAGACCAACUCAUUCAGCAGGAGUAAGUAACCAUGACAUGUUUUAUUGUUAUUACAGAUCUAGAGUGUAUGACAACAAAAAAAGACAAAAUCAGUUCACUGCCUCAAGGAGCUUACGCAAUUAAAAGGGGGUGUAGAUGAGGGAGGGAAGUGGAAAACAAGU